UUGUUGUAGUUCCUAUGUGGAGUAAACCACAUACUGUAAUGUCUUUGAGUAAACCUGUCAAUCCGAGGAUUGCAGAAGUACUGUGUUGAUAAUCCGUCUGCUCUUCCCCUCUACAUAUCGAGCUGCUGGCACAGUUCGUGACAUUGGACUAACGUUACCGGCAUGUUGGGAUUCGGUAAAUUGUUAUACUAGCUAGUUGUUGAAUUUAGCGUUAGCCAACAGCUAGCUAGUUAGCAUCAGAAAGCGCACCAACUUCACAGUCAGUAGGUAGCAAAGAUUUUCAUAGAACACUGCCUAUGAGCUAGUUUGCAACAGUAACGUUAGCUACUUCUACACUACARACCCCAGGCCAAGCACAACGACGCAAAGACACCACUCGACCUUUCUACCUCCUUGUAGUGCCUAGUGGAUGGACGCCGCCCUGUGGUGGAUAAUGGAAUUGGUGUGAAUUGCAUUCAAUGUAGACUCACUGGGGAGAGACUGAUCUAUGACAGACAGGCUUAUUUCUUACAAAGGUAUAACCUUCAGUAGCUGCAAUAAGACUCCUUGUUUGCACAUCCCGCUACAGCCCCGGGAUGGAGGCCCACAGCUCAAGCCGGUCCAGCCUGUCCAGGAAGAGGAGGAGAGAUGGGUCUAACGGAGAGACCGAGGAGGUAGAACGGCCAGGGAAAGUCCCAAGAUCCACCGUGGGUUUAAAAGAUCCCGCCCCCUAUGCUGAUGAGCUAGAGUCAGCUGAGGACACUCCAUACCUGCGAGUCAGUAUGGAGGAGGCCAAGAGGGGAACUCCAUUUGAUAGGCCAGUUCGGGUAUAUGCAGAUGGCAUCUUUGAUGUGUUCCACUCAGGCCAUGCCCGGGCCCUCAUGCAGGCCAAGGGCCUCUUUCCGAACACACACCUCAUUGUGGGCGUGUGUAGUGAUGACCUGACACACAAGUUCAAAGGGUUCACGGUGAUGAACGAGGAUGAGCGCUACGACGCAGUCAGCCACUGCCGCUACGUGGACGAGGUAGUCAGGAACGCGCCCUGGACGCUUACACCCGAGUUCCUCUCCAAGCACAGAAUCGACUUUGUUGCCCAUGACGACAUCCCAUAUACAUCAGCAGGCCAGGACGACGUUUACAAGCACAUCAAGGAGGCGGGCAUGUUUGCACCUACCCAGAGAACGGAGGGAAUCUCCACCUCGGACAUCAUCACGCGCAUCGUCCGCGACUAUGAUGUGUACGUGAGACGCAACCUGCAACGCGGCUACACGGCCAAGGAGCUCAACGUCAGCUUCAUCAAUGAGAAGAAGUACCACCUGCAAGAGCGUGUGGACAAGGUGAAGAGGAAGGUGAAAGAUGUGGAGGAGAAGAGUAAAGAGUUUGUGCAGAAGGUGGAGAACAAGAGCAUCGACCUCAUCCAGAAGUGGGAGGAGAAGUCCCGGGAGUUCAUUGGCAACUUUCUGCAGAUGUUCGGCCCUGAGGGAGCACUGAAGCACAUGUUGAAGGAGGGCAGAGGCCGCAUGCUGCAGGCCAUCAGCCCCAGCAGCAGCCCCACCCGCGAGCGCUCCCCCUCGCCCUUCUUAAACAAGCCCUCACCUUCCCCUCCAUCCCACCACAGCGCAGCACGGGGAUACCCCAUCAGCGAGGAUGAUGAGUCUGAUGAAGAUUAAGGCUCCCCUUUUUUUUUAGUCUGUUAAUCCCGCCCCUCGACAAUAUCAGCAUUCAACCCCUCCAAACAAAUCAUCAGUAUGUCCACUUAUAUCUGUAUAGCAUUGUCUCUCACUUAAUUUGCUCUACCCGUUUCAUUUUUUCACUCCCUUUCUCAAUUGGUGUCCAUUUAUGGACUGUACUACUUCAUCAGUCAGAGGGGGGUUAAUGCACAUUGUAGCGGUCACAUCUCUUUAUUUUAUUCAGUCAGUAACCACUACUCACUGGAGGCAUUUGGAGCUGUGUGUUCAUUACCCUUCAUGUUACAUUUGUCACUUUUAAAUUUUAAUUUCACAUAUAUUAUUUCUCACUGAUAGGAACAUUUCUGAUGCACACUUCCUACUCAAGAUGUUAAUCUUAGCGAGGUGAUUUUAUUUUGUUAACCUUGAGUUUAGUGGGGAAUUCAUAUUCAUACAUAUUGUGUUGAGGGGUGUUCGGUGCACUGUUGAAUUCCUUCUCAGCAGAGCUGAGUCUUUUUCUUUGCAAUGUAGGAACCAUCAGUCCCUUGAUCUCCCCUUGAAGUGUUAGUGUCUGAGUGUGUGCAUGUAUGUGUGUAAACUGCUAGUUUGUGUAGGCAUGUCAAUGUCCUCCAUCUAUGGACUGACCUGGAUUCAGCUUGACCUGUUUUGCACAUAAUAAUGCUUAGUUGGUUUUGAUGGUCAGUCUUUGGACAGUGGACUUCAAAGUAUAGUGCCCAGCGUUUGAACUACAGAACUAGAUCUCGUUCAGUAGGGCUCAAAGGGAAAACUUAUUUCCAGGAGGUUCURGUAAACCCCCCCCCAAAAUGUGCCCAAUAACAAGACUUCAUUUAAAAAAACGACUGGAAUACAAUUUUAUCCCGGUCCCAUCUCUCCUCCUGUAGUUGGGCAUUGUUUGUUUUUGGCUGUUGGCCCACCCCUUACUGGUCUUUGUCUCGAUGGUGGCAAAGCAGGAGUGUUUGUUUUAUUUCCUAUAUACAGUAGGGUAGCUGAAAUAUGGGAUUAUUUUAAGCAUAGUAUUGUAACCAUGUUAGAUUAAAGAAUCAGUCCACUAAAAUGUAUCAGUUAAAAUUGCUUCUCAGUAGGGGCAUGGGCUAUAGAUCACUUGGUGGCAAGAGUUGUCUAACUAUCCUUCCACUAUAUACAUGGAUACAAGAACAAUGUUUUACUGUUUGGGUUGAAUUUGUUUAGCUCCUGAAUGUGCAGGGCUAAGAGAAACCAGUAGAACAUGUAAAUGGWAUAAAUAAAGUUAACCAUGUUGAAUCCUCAA